GUAACUGUGACCGGUGGGCGUAAAUUAAAUCAUUCGUGGCAUACGCUCUACAAAUUGGCAAAGGUUGCCUCCCUUAGAAAAUGUUUAGCCAUUUGUAGAUGAUGUUGUUUCAUAUGUUUGUACAUGUUCACUAAAUAGGCUGAAAUUAUUUGUUAUGCUUGGAUAGCUUUACAAACGUUGAAUUGGAAAGGGUUUAAGCUACAGAAAAUAUGUCAGCAACAGCUCUAGAUCUAUGGGGUGUGACAAUUUCCAAGGAAACAGCAGACCAGAUUAUAGAAAAGGCCAAACAAUGGGCUCUUCUGCAUGGUGUACAAAUGAAGCCCCAGCAUGAUCACCACUCUACAUGCCACUGUGAGUAUGCACCAAUUACGCUAUUCCCCAGCCCCCUUCCAGUUCCUGUUCUCCAGGAAGCCAAAUCUCUACAGAAACACUACAAUCUUCUCAUGCACAGAGUGGCCAAUGAUCCAGAAUUCCUUUGUCAGUGUCUAAAGAAUGUUAUAAAGGUUGAUGAGUUUACAAAGAUGUUGUAUGAUAUAUAUAAAGAAACAGGAGGGGAGAAAUCAACACAGAAAGUUAGCCUGGGUUUGUUCCGUAAUGACUACAUGAUGGAUGUGAAGGACAGUUGUUGUACCAUUAAAAUACUGCCGGCCAGUCUUAACCUGAAACAGAUUGAGUUUAACACAAUAGCGUCUAGCUUUGCAGGUCUUUCAUCAGCAAUGUGGAAUGUUCAUAGGUACACAAUGAAGCAGGCAGGAAUAAAAUGCAGCUGUGAUCAGCUGCCUGAGAAUAAACCAGCACAUGGUCUGGCUGUUGGUUUUGUGAAGGCCUGGGAAUGCUACGGUAACCCAGAUGCUGUAAUACUUUUUAUUGUGCAAUCGGUAGAGAGGAACUCAGUGGAUCAAAGAUGGUUGGAACGAUUUGUACAUGAGAUUAACCACAAUAUACAUGUGGUCUACAGUACAUUAUUAAAUGCGUCAGAACAUUGCAAGUUAACUAAAUGGAACACACUAAUGCUCGAUGGUAAAGAGGUAGCUGUGAUAUAUUACAGAGAUGGUUAUAUGCCGAAUCAUUAUCCAACAAAUAAGGAAAAGGAUGUCCGUUUAUUAAUGGAGAAGUCUUGUGCAAUAAAGUGUCCAAAUGUAGGUUUACAGUUGGCCGGCUGUAAGAAGGUGCAACAAGAGUUGGCUGUUCCGGGCGUCCUGGAAAAGUUCAUUAAGGAUAUUGAUGUUUGCGAUUGUAUCAGGAAAACGUUCGCUGGCCAGUACAGUUUAGAUAGAAAUGAAGAAGGAGACAGAAAUGUGGAAAUGGCACUCGCACAACCUAAAAAGUUUGUUUUAAAACCUCAAAGAGAAGGUGGAGGGAAUAAUGUGUAUGGAGAGGAUAUCAGGGAGUUCUUGUCCGGCAUCAGAGAUAGCGAAGAAAGGAACGCCUAUAUUUUGAUGGAGAGAAUAUUUCCAUGGCCGCAGAAAAAUUACCUUCUGAAAGAAGGAAAAGAACCAAUACUAAGGGAUGUGAUAAGUGAACUGGGAAUAUAUGGUGUAUACCUCGGUACUGCUGAAGAAGAGUUUUAUAAUGCAGAGGCAGGGCAUGUUUUGAGGACAAAGUCAACAGAAGAUGAUGAAGGUGGAAUUGUGGCGGGCUUCGCAACCAUGGAUUCUCCACUUCUUGUUUACCCUCCAAAACUUUCCAGUUAAUCUGUUUCCCCUUGAAUUUCAUGGAUGGACUCGUCCAAUUUCCAUUUUGGAACAGUCCAUUGCUUAAUUUAGGGUUAUUGACAAUGAUGAUUUGGAAAUUAGGCAGCCUAUUAUAUACAGUCUUGUCUGACUGCAUGGAUUUACAACUUUCCUGGCUUCUUGUUGGUGGCAAAGGCUUUAGGGUUUCAAAAAAACACUUUUAUUUCAUUUCUUGUAAUUGCAGUCUUAUAUACAGCAAAGGAAGAUAACUACAUUCCAAGUUAGAAUUUUUGAUGCGGUAUCGUCGAUUUUUAGCAUACUCUUUAAAAAAAAAAAAUCUGUGGACCUUAGUACAUAAUAUACAAUCUACAUGCAUAUGGACAUUAAUACAUAAUAUAUAUACAUGACUGACACUAACAGUCUUAAAGGAGCUCUUCUGAGUUCACAAAGUGUAGAAAAACAUAAAAUAUGAAAAUUUAAUAUAGAGCAACUUGGGCUCUUAAAACGGAAAAAUUUGAAAAAGACAAAAAAGGAAUAAGCUCAGAAUUAAAAUGAUUAUAAAUAUUUAAUGAGAUUAUUUUUUUUUUGCCUAUUUUGGGUGCAUAUCAUAUUGGGGUCACUUUGCAUAAUAAAAAUAAUUAUUUUGGAAAAACAUAGUGAACCAAAUGAUCUGAAAUUUUGCACAGGAGAAAUUGGUAUAGUCUUAUAUCAACUGCUUAAAAAAAUGAUUUUUUUUUCCAUAUUUUGUCCAAAAAAUAUGUCAUUGGAGUACCUUUAUAUGUUGUACUCUUAUUGAUUGAUAAGCAUGUCUUGGCAUGCGAGCAGUUCCCGUACAAAAAUCGUAGUUACUUAAACAUUAUUUUUUAUUACGCUCACUCACCAAAAUUUGAAUGUUACACAUCAAUAUUCGGCUCGUCACAUAAAUCAUGGAAAUUCCAUCAUGUUCUAAACAUAGAAUAACCCUUAGUUAUGAGGCCUCAUAUGGGGUACAGAAAUUAUCCAUUAUUUUGUAUGAAGAGAAGUAGUUCCCGUACAUAAAAUUUAACCCAUUAUAAUUAUACAAUUUUAUUAUAUCGGACCUAUUUUUCAUUUAUGAUUGUUGAACAGACCAUUUUCUAAGAGAUAAAUAGAUGUAAUUCAGGAAAUAGAAAGUAGACUAAACGCGUGUAUCUAUUACCCGGUUCCGUUACCCCCAACGCAUUCACAUGCGAUGGCAUGCUUGUAUGCAUGAUAUUUUACGCAUCAAAGCCAUAAAAUUAUUUUAUAUAGUAAUAUUGGUCAAAAUUCUGAUAAUUAAACAAGUUUUAAUCACAUUGCCUUCUUAUCUGUAAACAGGUGGUAUUAGUGGAAAACCCUUUAACAUGCCUCACGUGUAAGUAUGUUGCGCAUGCGCGCAAGGACGGAAUCCCCCCGAUAAAACAAGGUCACGUUUUGACAACGCACAGGUGAAAUUGAUUUAAAAUGAGACUUUUUAUACAUACUGCCGAACUGACACUUAGAUUUUGUCUCGUUUAUGUAUCUGCUUGAUUUGAAAUGAAUUUUUGAAGAAUGCAUCUAAAAAUCAAGCGUUUAAAUGAAAAAUACGGGUACUGCUUCUGUACGGGAACUGCUCGCAUGCCAGUACAUGUAUAAUUUUUUUAGAGAAAGGGUCUGCUUCUAAAAUUUUAUAUUUUCAUUGUUACAUACAAAUUGAAUAAAUAUGUUGGGUUUUUUUUUUUUGUAAAAGGGUAAGGUUUUCUUGAUAAACAUGUGUCUUUCAUCAGAUUUUUUUUUUUUUUUUUUUUUAAUAUUUUGAUAACACUUUCUUUGUAAUUUUUAUUAUUAUUUUUUUUAAACAUACAUACUGCUGAUGUUGAAAGAGGAUAAUUUUUGCAAACAUAAAUGAGUAGACAAUUUUUAUAAAUACAAUAGCAGAGCUUAUGGAACAAAUUGCAAACAAUGGUGAAGGUUAAAUUUUUUAAAAAAUUUUUGGACAUUUCAGCUAUCAUGUAGUCUUUGAUGAAUUUUUUUUUAAAAAGGACAUGUACAAAAUGUAUAUAACUUUGCUGGCCAAUGAAAAUAUUUUUAUUAUUUUUAAUAAGAUUUUGUGUAUACACAACUGUAUAAUUUUACAGGCACUUUUAAGUCAGAAAAUUCAUGUUUAUUUAUUAUGCUGACAUACUAGUUAUUAGUGUAUGGAAAUAAUUCUAGUUAUUAGUGUAUGGAAAUAAUUUAUAAGUAACCACAACAAAAUUAUUUUGCUGGAAUCAUUUAUAAGUUUACAAUAAAGGAAACAUGCUGCUUUUUUUUGGCAUCGUUGGGCAUUUUUAGACUGACAAAAAUAACAAAAAAUCUUAAACCAUUAUUAAUUAACACAAACUAUAUACAGGAAAGCAUAUAUAGUCUUGUUUUUAUGCAUUUUCUAAAAUAUGUGCAGGGUGGUUUCUUUGCUUAAUGACAUGUGUUUAUAACUGGUUUGGAAAAUUUAUUAUACUGCAUGCAAUUAUUUUUACUCAGGCAUUUAAUAGAUAUGCCUUUGAUAGCAUAAGAAUUAGUAAAAAAAUCCUUUGAGGUCAACCUAAAACUUGAAUUUCUUACAUAGAUUAACUGUCACAUUUAAAAUGGAAAUUUAAGUGGUCAUAAAAAAAUAUACUCAGAAUUAAUUUGAAAAUCAUAUUUUCUUGCAAUUAUCAGCCAAAAUUUAGUUAAAAGCUUAUAAUGCUUUCCAUUUUUGGGUCAGUUUUUCACAAUUAAGAUAAUUAUUCUAGAAUAAUGAAGGGCGAAAAUAAUCUGAAAUUAAGUCCAUAUCUACAUCAUUAACAUGAAAUACAUAAAUAUAUAAGAAAAAAUUUUUUAGUUCCAUUGUGUCAAAAAACUGGUCCCUUUAAGUAACUUUAACUAAGGCACUACAUGUAUAUAGAAGAAUCUUUGCUGAUGAUAAAUUUAAAGGGGAGCCUUAAUCAGUUAAAAUUGUACACUAAUGAUAUAUUGUUCGGUCCUUUUGUAUAUUUUUUUCUAAUAUUGUUAAUAUUUAAUUUGAUUGUUUUUGAUUGUUAUAUAUUUCCAGCUUUAUUAGCCAUGUAACCUAAUAGAGGCAUUAUUCUAUACUUUUAGGAUUUUAGUUCAUUUUGAUUUGAGAGAAAUAUGUUGUUGAAUUUUGUAAUGAAUGUUUUUAGAGGUUAAACCUUUGUUGUGGUCAGGAUUAUUACUGUCAAUAGGGCCUCCUGAUAUUUUUUUAUCUCAGUAGACAUUGAUUCAUAUCAAACUUUUGCAGGCAUUUUUUGUCUGUUUUUGAGCUUCAUGUUUUUCCCUCCAUCUUGUGUAUAAUCAAUAAUAAAAAUAAUUAGGGAAUCGUGCAUUGAUAAUCUUUUUGUUUGAAAUUUCAAUUUUUCUAAUAUUUUAUUCAAAUUUACAGUUUUCUGCAAAGAGAAAAAAAAUGGUGUUGACUGUUGAAUUAUGUUUUUUGACAGCUUCCAUCCUAUUAGAUCAUGCUGGGAACAAUUCUGGCCAAUCAGAUUGGCUGUUAUAAAAUCCAUAAUAUCCCAUAGUUCCAUUGUAGAUUUGAUUGCAAAUUUGAAUAUGAUUAUGUAACAGAAAUACAAUUAGUUUGAGACUUAUAUAGGGCUAUUCUAUUGAAUAUGAUAAAUUAUAUGCAAACUUGAAAGAUGAUCCAUGUAUUUUUAAGGCAUGUAGUGUUCACAAAUGUAAUCAAAAUAAGUUUAAAAUUUGUAAUUGAAUACUAUCAUAUUGCAUAUAAUAAACAGUUACUUAUUUAAUUCAGAUUUAAUUAGAUAUAUACAUUCUUAUACUAGUAAAAUGUUGUCACCUUAGUGCAGUAACAGGUUAAGUCCUUUUAAAUUUAAUAUGAGUUAACCAGUUAUUGCACUAAGGUGACUAUGUGUACUAAUGUUUAUACAUGGACUGAAAUACUUAAAUUUAGAUUAACUUAUGAAUCUUGCUGGGAAACAUUGAAAAUACAGUCUGAUAUUGGUCAUUUACAUGAAUAUUGAUAAUUGUGUGUGUGUGUGUGUGUUUUUUUUCUCUUAAAUGUUAUAUGCAUAAUAUAUAUAUAAAUAUGUUAUAAUAUAUGCAGAAAUUUAUAUUUUAUGUAACACUUAUGUUACUGUAAAGAAAAGUUUAUCAUUGAAAAUUCUGAGAUCUGGAAGGAUAGAACACAUGCUUCGGUUUGAAGGGCUGUGAGUUUAUUUUAGUUUCAAAUUUUUAUUUAGCAUUAUCCUUAAAGCAGCAUGCCUCCAGUUAUGUUAAUUUUUUAAAGUAUUCAAACAUAAAUAAUAAAUUAUUGUCAAGUGGACAAAGAAAGUAAUUUAUACAUUAAAACAGCACUUGGAAUUAUGAAAAUUACUAAAAAUAGGUCAGAAUAUGCAAAAACUAGCCCUGACUGCAGUAGUCAGCGGGUAGAAAUAUGGUGAUUAACAUUGCAAUAUAAGUCAUUAAUUGUAAAUUAUUUCUUGAUUUGUGAAUAUUUUAACAUUUUCUAAAAUCUUAGUACAUUUUUCUCAGUGUUGAUUUUUAGCUCACCUGUCACAAAGUGACAGGGUGAGCUUUUGUGAUCGCUUUUCGUCCGUCGUCAGUCCGUCGUCCGUCCGUAAACUUUUACUUUAAAUGACAUCUCCUCAUAAACCACUAAGCCAAUUUCAUCCAAACUUCACAGGAAUGUUCCUUUGGUGGUCACCUUUAAAAAUUGUUCAAAGAAUUUGAUUCCAUGCAGAACUCUGGUUGCCAUGGCAACCGAAAGAAAAAACUUUAAAUAUCUUCUUUUAAAAAACCAUAAGAGCUAGAGCUUAGAUAUCUUCUAGUGAGUGUCUACCAAGUUUGUUCAAAUAAAAGCCCUGGGGUCAAAAUUGGCCCCGCCCCGGGGGGUCAUUGAUUUUCCCUAUAUGCAUAUAGUAAAAACUUAAAAAAUCUUCUUUUAAAGAACCCAAAGAGCUAGAGCUAAGAUAUUUAGCAUGAAACAUGUUCUAAUGGGUGUCUACCAAGUUUGUUCAAAUAAAAGCCCUGGGGUCAAAAUUGGCCCCGCCCCGGGGGGUCAUUGAUUUUCCCUAUAUGCAUAUAGUAAAAACUAAAAAAAAUCUUCUUUUAAAGAACUCAAAGAGCUAUGGCUAAGAUAUUGAGUAUCAGACAUGUUCUAAUAGGUGUCUACCAAGUUAGUUCAAAUAAAAGCCCUGGGGUCAAAAUUGGCCCGGCCCCAGGGGGUCAUUGAUUUUCCCUAUAUGCAUAUAGUAAAAACUUAAAAAAUCUUCUUUUAAAGAACCAAAAGAGUUAGAGCUAAGAUAUUUAGCAUGAAACAUGUUCUAAUAAGUGUCUACCAAGUUUGUUCAAAUAAAAGCCCUGGGGUUAAAAUUGGCCCCGCCCCGGGGGGUCAUUGAUUUUCCCUAUAUGCAUAUAGUAAAAACUUAAAAAAUCUUCUUUUAAAGAACUCGAAGAGCUAUGGCUAAGAUAUUUAGCAUCAAACAUGUUCUUAUAGGUGUCUACCAAGUUUGUUCAAAUAAAAGCCCUGGGGUCAAAAUUGGCACCGCCCCAGGGGUCAUUGAUUUUCCUUAUAUGUGUAUAGCAAAAACUUAAAAAAUCUUCUUUGAAAAAACCCAAAUAGCUAGAGUUAAGAUAUUAAGCAUGAAACAUCUUUUAAUGAGUGUCUACAAAGUUUGUUCAAAUAAAAGACCUGGGGUCAAAAUUGGCCCCGCCCCGGGGGUCAUUGAUUUUCUUUAUAUGUGUAUAGCAAAAACUUAAAAUGAGCCGCGUCACGACAAAACCAACAUAAUGGGUUUGCGACCAGCAUGGAUCCAGACCAGCCUGCGCAUCCGCGCAGUCUGAUCAGGACCCAUGCUGUUCGCUUUCAGACCCUAUAACAAGUAAAGAAACUGAUAGCGAACUGCAUGGAUCCUGCUCAGACUGCGCGGAUGCGCAGGCUGGUCUGGAUCCAUGCUAGUCGCAAACCCAUUAUGUUGGUUUUGUCGUGACGCGGCUCAAAUCUUCUUUGAAAAAACCCAAGUAGCUAGAGUUUAGAUAUUAAGCAUGAAACAUCUUCUAGUAAGUGUCUACAAAGUUUGUUCAAAUAAAAGCCCUGGGGUCAAAACUGGCCCGGCCCCAGGGGUGUCAUUGUUUUUAACUAUAUGUGUAUAGUAAAAACUUUAAAAAAAUCUUCUUUUAAAAAGCCCAAUGAGCUAGAGCUCAUAUGUUUAGCAUGAAACAUCUUCUUAUGGGUGUCUACCAAGUUUGUGCAAAUAAAAGCCCUUGGGUUAAAUUGGCCCUGCAACGUGGGGGGGGGGGGGGCCUAUAAACAGGUGAGCGACCUUAGGGCCAUCAUGGCCCUCUUGUUUUUAAAUAUUUUGGCUUAUAUGGAGGUAUUCAGCUUUAAAAUAUAAUGAAUGGGCAAGUAAUUGAAUGUUUUUUGUUUGUUCUUUAUUUUGUUGUGUUUUUUGUUUGUUUGUUUUUACAAUAUUUUUUCAUAGUGUUUUUUUUUUGUGUUUAAUUUGCUUUAAUAUAGGUACAUGUAUAUGUACAAAGAAAAUUUUGCUCAAAUUAAUGUUUGUAUACACCCAAUGUUAUCAUAGUUUUUAAACAAGUAUCUAUUCAUGUUUUAUAUUUUUGAGGAGGCUAUCAUGUUAAGGAUGUCCACUGAUCAGUCAUUCCUGUGGUUUUGAAUCAUACUGAAUAUUCUGAAUUCUUUUAUGUAAGGAAACUAUCCAGGUAGCUUUUGGAAGGUUGGUGGUACCCUUAAGGUGUCCUGCUGUUCCCUGAAAUAAUGCAUGGAGAGGUACAUAUAGUCUUUUUCUAUCAGUAAAACAUGAAAGGCUACAUAUGACUGAAGAAUUAUGUGGCUUGCUUAAACAAAUUUUGCCUUGCUUGGCUUGACUUUGCAACUGCUAUUUGCUAUUUUAAAGCAGCAUCCCUCCAGAUACAUGCUAACUUUCAUGAAAAUUUUGAAAAUACAUUUAAAAUGAAAAUAAUGUGAAGUGAAAAAAGAAAUGUGCAGAUUGCAAACGGCAUUUAUAGUGCACAUUUACAGUCAAUGUAAAUUACCAAAAUAGGUCAGAAUUUGUAAAAAUAGUACUUACUGCAUUAGUUACACAGUAGCAAUAUAACGUAUAAUGAUAAAUACUGCAAAAUCAAUCAUUAAUAACACAUAACAUGCAAUUUAUUACUUGUUUUGAGAAAAUUUCACUUUUCUUAAAAUCUCAAUACAGUUUUCUCAAGUUUGAUUUUCUUCAAACAUUUUGGCUCAUCUGGAGGCAUUUAGGCUCAUUUUGGUUUAUCUGGAGGCAUUUUGGCUCAUCUGGAGGCUUGCAACUUCAAAGGAUAGUCAUAUCUUGGAAGCUAAAAUUCAGCAUGGAUAUGUACCUUGACUUUGCUGUAAUUUAGGGGCAUAGGCAAUUCAUUACCUCUUGGAGAGCUUCAUCAGUUUACAUGGAAGUCAUAUAUUUUCCUUGAUUAUCUUGAAAAUUUAUAUUAAUGAAAGAAAAACGUAAACCACAGGGUUAAUACAAUAUGUAAAAUAUAUAUUUUUGUUAAAAUGAGACUGUCCUGAUUUUUGUAAACAAAAUUUGGUUUGAAAUAUGGAUCUCAAAUAAUCUCAAUAUCUCAAAUUUUAAAUACAAUGUAAAACACUUGUCUUUUGGUUUUAACUUAUAAAUAAAUGACAUAUUAAUUACUUGUAUUAAAAGUACCCUAUAACAGUUACUUACAUUUGAUGUGUACUUCAAAAUUGAUUUUUACUUGAUAAUACACAGUAAUGUAAAAUCAAAAAUUUUAGUGAGGAAUUAAAUUUUGCUAAUUUUGCAAAUUGAAGAUUUUCAAGAAAAUGACUGUUUACUAAACAUCUGUUACAUGUAUGUUAAUUUAACAAACCUGAAAGUAGAAAUUCACUAAUAUUUAACUUCACCAAUUAAUCUUUACAAGGCUUUUGCAGUUUUAAGCCUAGAAUAAAUAUGGGCUGAGUUGCCAUCUAGUCAUACAGUCCAGCUCAAGUCAGUUGCAGAUAUAAUCAGUUAAAGUUGAGCAUUUGAUCUGUUAUUAGUUAUAAUCGCUUAAUUUGUUUUUGCAUACUUAUUUUAUUUAUUCAUUUAAACUGGUCACUGAGUGUAUUUCUUAAAUUUGUAAUUGCUGUUAUAUUUAUAUAUAAAAAGGAGCAAUAAAUAUAUCAUAAUAAACAUG